CUAAGUUCAGGUAUUUCAAGUUCAUUUUAACUAGGAAGUCGAAUGGAUCACGCGAGAAGUGACACUCAACAUAGUACUUCCUGCUUUAAAUGAUUUUAAUGCUGGAUUUAUUUCAUUGAAACUGCAGUUACUGUGAUAAAAUGCAAAUUCACGUUAUUCUGUCUACUUUGUUUUUUGGCAAUAUAUUAUCUAUUUCCCUGAAAUUUACAUCUUUUCGUCUGAACAAUGAAUGGAGCCUCUACAAGAAAUCAUAUAAUAAAAUAUAUAAGGAUGACAAUGAAGAAUUGCGACGACGAGUGAUCUGGGAAGACAAUGUCCGUUUUAUCGAGCAUCACAAUAUGGCAGCAGAUCGUGGAGAACAUAGUUACUGGCUUGGAAUUAACCAUUUUGCUGACUUGUCAGAGGCAGAAGUGACUCAAAAAAUGAAAGGAUACAAAAUGGCGAACGAUGUCAUAAAUUACAGCUCUACAUAUCUGCAUCCAAACAAUGUCAAACUUCCCGAUAAAAUUGACUGGCGACAACAAGGCUAUGUUACUCCAGUAAAAGAUCAGGGACUAUGUGGAUCAUGCUGGUCAUUUUCAUCGACUGGUGCCCUGGAAGGUCAACAUUUCAGAAAAACAGGAAAGUUGGUUUCUUUAUCAGAACAGAACCUUGUGGAUUGUACUUUUAAGUAUGGAAAUGGUGGUUGUAAUGGAGGGUUUGUGUUCAAGGCAUACCAAUACAUUAAAAACAAUAAUGGAAUAGAUACAGAAUCAUCCUACCCUUAUGAAGGCCGGAAUGGUAGCUGCAGAUUUCAAAAAUCCGAUGUCGGAGCUACAGUUACAGGAUUUACUAUCAUAAAGAAGGGGGAUGAACAGGCAUUACAAUCUGCCGUAGCAACAGUCGGUCCAAUAUCAGUAGCGAUUGACGCUGAUCACAAAUUUCAACUUUACAAGAGCGGAGUGUUUAACGAACCAGGAUGUAAUACCACUUUCACUGACCAUGCAGUUUUAAUUGUGGGAUAUGGUGUAGAGAAUGGACAAGACUAUUGGCUCGUAAAAAACAGCUGGAGUGAUAGCUGGGGAAUUGAUGGAUAUAUCAAAAUGUCGAGGAACAAAAACAACCAAUGCGGUAUAGCGUCUUACGCCAUGUACCCUCUCGUUUAAUAGCAUCUUGUGAGGACCAGACGCCAAUUAAACUUUAAUAGCAUCUCGUUGGGACCAUUGUAUUGCAUAUUAAACUUUCUGUGUGUUUAUAAAUCAUUUUAUAUUGUGCUUGAUUUUCAUAUGUUGAAGACAUAAUCUUUCAAUCAGUUGAAUUGAAGUCUGUAGCUGGCAUGUCUGUAACUGAUAGUAGUCCUUUGUUAAUACAAAUGUAUAAGUUUAUCAUUGUCAUUUUGCUUAGUUUCAUCUUGUACUUAUUCUAAAAUCGGACUCGGACGUCUUUUGAACUAAGUCGUACUGUGCGUUUUGCUGCGUGUUUGUUAUUCCAAAUUGGCUAAAGGUAUAUGGGAAGGCUUGAGAUCUCACAAAACAUGCUUAACCCCGCCGCAUUUUUGCACCUGUUCCAAGUCGGGAACCUCUAGCCUUUGUUAGUCUUGUGUGUUUUGUUUUCAAAUUUUGGUUGAUUUGCAUCUUUUGUAGUUUUUAUGUGACUUCCAUUUCGUUGCAAUAGUAUACAUUAUUGUUUUUGGUCUUUGGUCUCUGCAUGGUCGGGUUUUUGUCUCUUUCCCGUUUCUAUUCUCUAUUCUAUAUGUCAUGUUCUAAAUCCUUGAGAGUCAGCGUCGGGCCAUGGUUGACAUUUCUUUACGAACUGUUAAAACGGACGAUUGGUGUCGUUUUGAACUGGUAAUUUAAAAUGUUUAUUUAUGCUAUGUAAGUGAACACAAUAAAAACUGUUUUUUAUCAAUUUGGAAAGAAUAAUUAUACUGUUCCAACAUUUUGGUAUACAAAAACAAACAAUUCCAAACAUUGGUCGGAGUACAUGUGACAUUAGAUUUGUAUAUAUUUACUGUGUUUUUCAUUAUAUAUGUAUUAUGAUUACCGUCUAUCAUGUUUGCUACUUCCGAAAGAUUUUGUAAGCGGUACUACAUUAAUAUUUCAAUAUCCAUGUGUCUGUAUUGUAAAAAGGUCAAAAUAUGCUAACCGUGAACACAAAUGAGAAGAUUAUGGUAUGAUUACUAAUGAGACAACACAGACCAAAUAAUGUAGAAUAUAUACCAACAAUUACAGAUCACCGUACAACCUUCAAAAAUGAACAAAACUUAUACCGAAUAGUAAUCUAUAAAAGACCCGACAUAAUAUAUAUAAAACAAUUAAAACUAAUACUAACGUUUCUUAUGAGACAAAUCUUCAAACCGACCCAAAAAAAAAGAUAAACCGAUAGGCGGUAAAUGAAUAAAUAUAACAUAUUUGUUUAAUAUACGAGGAUUAGACAAUUGCAUUUGAAUAAUACUGUUUUGUUUGAAAAGUAUUUUAUCUAUAUAUUCAUGUAUUUGAAAGUGAGGACACUUCAACAUUUUAUAAUUUCAAUUUAUAUAGUUUUAUCAUUAAAGGAAAAAUAAAAUUGUUUGUUUUGGUA